AUGGUUAACAAAGAUUAUUAUGCUAUAUUGGGUAUAAGUCGAUUGGCAACUGAAGAUGAAAUCAAACGUGCAUAUAAACAAAAAGCACUUAAACAUCAUCCUGAUAAAAAUCGUGAUGAUGUUGAUGCUGAAAAAAAAUUUACUGAUAUUAGUGAAGCAUAUGAAAUGUUAUCUGAUCCAACUAAACGUUCAGUUUAUGAUCGUUUUGGUUCAGAUGAUUUACGUAAUUAUUUUAAUGGAGAAUCUCGUUCAAAUUCUCGUCAUUCAUUUUCAACCGGUAAUUAUCAUUCAUCAUUUGGUACAAAUUCAGCAUAUGAUUCAUAUAAUAAUUAUUUCAUACGUUAUAAAGAUCCGACAACAUUCUAUGAUUUAUAUGUUACGUUAGAUGAAGUUUAUCAAGGUGCAACUAGGAAAUUAAAAGUAACACGUAAACGAUAUAAACCUGAACUUCAAAUAGCUGUUAAAGAUGAAAAACUUCUUGAAAUUCAAAUAAAACCUGGAUGGAAAGAAGGAACUAAAAUAACAUUUGAAAAUGAAGGUGAUGAAGGUGAUCAAUAUACUAUAGCAGGUGAUAUUGUAUUCAUUAUUCGUGAUAAACCACAUCCAUUAUUUGAACGUUCAAAUUCGGAUAUAAUCUAUCGAGUUAAACUUACAUUAAAACAAGCAUUACUUGGAACAUUAAUAGUCAUACCUUUUCUUGAUUCAACAAAAUCACCGUAUCAAUUACGUACUUAUCAAGAAAUUUUAACACCACAAACAGAAAAACGUUUUCCAAAUGAAGGUUUACCCUAUCCAAAAGAUCCAACUAAACGUGGAGAUCUUAUUGUUAAAUUUGAUAUUCUUUUUCCAAAAUUACUUCUCAAUGAACAACGUGCACUUGCUGAUUGUUGUUUUUCUAAUUCAAUAGAUUUUUAUCAACCGUAUGAUUCAGUACUUCACAUGACAAUUAUUGAUCAAACACAACAACAACAGACAAUUCCUUCACAACCACAACUCAUUUCUGCUCCUACGUUAACAUCUUCUCUUCAAUCUCAACCUUCAUUCCGUAGUAAUAGCUCUAGUAAUAAUAAUAAUCAUAAUCAUCAUCAUCAUCAUCAUCAAAAAUCCCAUCAUCGACAUAUCAAUAACAAUGGACGUCAAAAAUCACCUUCUAAUCAAACUAAAUCAGCACCUGUGCGUAUUCCUCCUCCCAUACCACCACGACCAUCACCAACUUCGCUCCAUUUACAUGAACCAAAUGAUGCUCAAACACCACAAUUUGAUCGAAGUUCAUCUAUAAAUGUUGAAUCUUCACCAUUUCAUCAUGCAACAUCUUUAUGUCAGGUUUUUAAAAAUGCUAUUCUUGAUAGAUAUGAUUUAAAUGAAUAUUCAACAUGGAUUCUUUCUGCUGAUCGAAAACAAUAUGAAGUAACAUUUGUCUCAGAAGCUGGAACAUUUUGUGAGGAACUUCUUCAUCGUUUAUCUGAAAUAGGUAUUGGUCGAUUACCCGGUACUCGAGUAGCUGUUGUACCACUUACAUAUGCUAUUGGCUAUUCAAAUUUAUUACCAUUGAGUUCAUAUAAAGUUCCAACAUUAUCUACAGCAUCAUUAAAACGAGCUGCAGAUUAUGUACCAAAAAUUACUCGAGUUACUUCUAGUUCAACAAUACCUCCACCUCGUCCAAUUCAACGACGUAAAUCAAUUCGUGCAGAUUUUAUGCAAAGUAUACGAUCACGUUUAAUGGUAUUUCAAGUUGUACAAGCUAUUCGUGCACAAUCUUCAAUUACAUUUGAUUUUGUUGUUCUUGUAACACUUGCGAGUAUUUUAGCAACACUUGGUUUACUUGAAAAUAGUUCGAUUAUACUUGUUGCUUCGAUGCUUAUUUCACCGUUAAUGGGUCCGAUUUUGGCUAUUGUUUUUGGUUUAUGUAUUCAUGAUCGUUCAUUAUGGAAAGCUGGUCUUCGAUCGGAAUUUUUCGGUCUUUUCAUAUGUGUAUCAUGUGGCUUUUUAAUUGGCUUAGGAACAUCUGUAUGGGAAACAAAUUGGGGUAGUACAACUUCUUUUCCAACACCUGAAAUGAAAGCACGUGGUGAUUUAACUCGAUUAUCAGUUGGUAGUAUGAUUGCAUUACCUUCAGGAGCUGGUGUUGCUCUAUCAGUUUUAGGAGGAAAUGCAGGUUCAUUAGUUGGUGUAGCUAUAUCAGCAUCAUUACUUCCACCAGCUGUUAAUUCAGGUCUUCUCUUAGGUUAUUCAUUAUUAACAGCAGCUAUUCCAAACUCAUUCGGUCGUCGUUCCAAUGAAACAUAUAUCUUUAAACGUAAAAUUUAUCCAUUUAAUCAAAUGACAUGUCAAACAUUUUUAUCAAAUGAAUAUCGUUCGCUCUAUUCAUGUAAUAUGUCAAUUGAAACAUUUAUUUUGGCUAUUGCAAGUUUUCUUCUUACCCUCGUCAAUAUCAUAUGUAUAGUUUUAUGUGCAUUAAUUGUUUUACGUAUAAAAGAAGUUGCACCAAGUGGUACGACAGAUGAUGAACAAGAAUCUGAUACGGAUCGAUUUUUUCAUGAUGAUAUGCGUCGAUUUCGUGAUUAUCAAAAAACAAUUCAUAAUGCACAAGAAAUUGAUGAAGAAAAUAAACUUGGUCAUUCAAUGGUAUUUCUUCCAAGUGAUAGUGCAAAACGUGAACGACGAAAACAAUUACUUGCACUUGCUUCAUUACAUGAUUUAGAUAUGACAAAUGAAAAUGAUUUAACAUUAAAUAAUUCCGAAGCACGAGAUAAAGUUAAACAAUUAUAUAAAACAAUGGUACAAUUCGAUCAAGAUGCUAAACGACUUGAUAUUAGUCUUAAACAUAAACAAACAUUACCGACUUUAAUGAUGGAUGUUUUACCACCAAAAUGGACUGAACUUUUUCAACAUCAACAAGAAAAAGAUAGAGCACAACAACCAGAUCAUCAAAAAGGUGCGCGUACUCAUGGAUCAUAUCAAUGGCGUAAUCCGGCACAUUAUAAUACUUAUCAAGCAUGUUCAAUUCAACCAGCUAAUAGUUUUCAUCAACAUUUACCACCUAGUCCUCGUAAAUUUCGUACACAAUCAUAUUCAUCAAAUCCAUUUGUAGUCCGAUCUGUAUCAUUUACUGAGCAAGAAAGUGAAACACAAUUACGUGGUACUCGUUUUCGUCUUACAAAAGCAACUAUUCGAAUUGACGAUGAAGAUGAAGAACAAGAACAAGAACAACAUCAACAAUUAACUACCGAGCAAGAUUAUCAUGUUUAA